UCGUAUUAUAGGUACCUAUAUUAUUUGAGUGUUGUCAAACGACAACGAUUGUUAGACACGUUUCGAAUUCACAACACAGUUAUUGUGUUUUAAUGGCUUAAUUUUACUUACAUUAUAAUGUGGAAGUGUUUUUAUGAAUUUUAAAUACUCAAUUCAUUUACAAAUUUUCAGUUGGAAUCCAUUCGACAUUCGUCAAGGGUGAAUCAUAACAAAAACAAUAUUAAUAAGUAAUAACAAAUCAUGAAAACCCAAACAAUCAAAAUAGAUUUUACUGCAAUGUUAUACACUGGGAUUUUGUACACGGGUCUGGUGAUUUCUGGAUGGUUACUUAUUCGUCUGACGAUCGCUUGCUUCAAAUUACCUUCCAUAUUGAACGCGGUUGAAGAGUCGAAAAACAAGACGAAACAGUCGAAACGGACUUCAACUUUAGGUACUACUGUUCCGAGUGAAGGGGAAAACGAGGACCUGAGUUCCGUUCAAUAUUUCAAUACUUUGAUGAAAGGUACCUGCAACGACUCAAACAUACUAAAACAAUCGGUAAUCCACUACACGUCUAACUCUAACGUUGAUCUGUACUCAGAUUUUCGACUACAGAGUGCACACAAUGUAUUAUUCUAA